AUGGCAAAACAAUUCGUGCCUGGUCUGAGAGAUGAGUUAAUGAAGAAAGGGAAGCAUUUCAUAUUAAUACAGAAUCCCCUUGAUAUUUUGCCAUCUUACGACAAGGUUUUGCCACCAUCCUUUUUGGAGUUAGGAUUGGCAGGUUUGGUCUCCAUAUACAGUGAGCUCUGUGAAUUAGGAAAGCCUCCACCCAUUAUUGAUGCAGCAGAGCUUCAAGAAAAUCCUGAGGCUGCUUUACGUGGUCUUUGUGAAGACCUUGGUAUUCCUUUUCAAGAUGCAAUGCUCAAAUGGGAGGCUGGUCCAAAAUCAUAUGAUGGCAUUUGGGGCCCAUGGUGGUAUGGAAGUGUUCAUAAAUCGAUAGGUUUCAAACAAUCAACAAAGUAUCCUUCGAGUUCAUACGGAGAGGGAGAUAUUAGUGACAAGCUGUUUCCAACAAAGAUUAUUCUUUAG